UUCACUCUCAUGGUAUAUUCGAUAACGUCGACGCAGUUUCAAUCUCUUCGAUCGAACCUUGUCCGCGACGGCAAAGACCGGAGCUUCCAGAUGGAGGAAACGACAGUGAACCAAGAUUUCGAUACUGGAAUCACGCGAAAGUGAUCGCCGCGUUUCCAUACACGUGGCCGUUUUCGUUGCAUACGCGAUAAAUGUGCAAAACCUUCUUUACGCGUAUCCAUGCAGUAUCUGUGGAUAAAAUAAAGCUAGAUUACACUGUAUUCAGAGAAAAAUGGUACACAAAAAAGAAACGUUUAGUUGGAUUAACCCAAUUUCUGGUGAAAUAUAAAUGAACCAGAAAAUACUUAAGUUAACCAGAAAUCUUGUUAACUUGAACAGAAUUCUGGUUGCUUCAACAAGAAUUUCUGGUAUGGAAAUUUGCUUAAUGCAAUUAAACUUUUUUUCCGUGUGGUAAUCAAUAUAAGUGACAACUAUACGAAUUUUGCUAUAUAAAGCUUAAUAAACUAUUUUGUAGUUAUUACAACGCGAAAGCUGUAUGGAAUUAUGUACAGGGUGAGUCAAUUGCCAUCUUAAAUAUCGUUGAAGCAACAAAGACUUUAAAAUCUUCUAAGCUACUUCGAGGAAAUUAUCACAAACUCCUUUUCUAGGUAGAAUAGCUUCGAAAAUCUGAAGAUCACCUUUGUCCCUUGCUUUGAAGAUGUGUUUCAGAUGGCAAUAGUUAUUAAUUUACUCUAUAUAGUUCUUCGAUUCUCUAUAUAAUUCUCCUAACCAUUCAGCUUUAGUUGCAAUAACUGUAAUAUAGCUUAUUAAAUUACAUUUAUCAAUUCUGCAACACUCAUAUAGCUGUCACCUAUACAGUUACUAUUCCAUGACAUUUUUCUCUGAGAGACAUUUUUCUACGAUUUUGAGCCUUGAAUCUAAGUCGAUCAACUUGAAAUGUCGGGCUUUGCUUUUUUCUUCUUUUUUUAUCGGGGAACGUUCAGUUGCUUGAAAUGUCUGUCGGUAUAUCCAAAAAUCAAUGCGUUUAUAUUGUAGGUUGUAUUGUCGAAGAGACUCACCCGAUCAUCCACGCGAAACAUUUGCACAUUUAUUUUUCAAUCAAUCACAAUUCGGCAGCUUGUAUUGUUAUAACGGAUGUUUGACUCGUCAUUCGUUAAUCCUCACGCCGAGGACGGUUUCAAACUCGCGCAAGAGGAAAUAUCUAGUCGAAUGUUGGAGUUCCAAAGGACACGAAGGACACGAAAUCCUGUGUGUAGACGUGUGUGUUUCGCUAUCAGUAACCAGCCAGUGAAGGCAUCUUCCCUUUUACGCGCUGAGUGAACAGCCAAGAGAUAAUGCCAUGCAGAAAGCCAAGGACGAGCGUGUUAAGAUCACGGCGGCUCUCUUUCGGGUCAGCUUCGAUGAAGACGAUGACGUCAAUAACAACAACGACAACGACGACGAUGAUGACAACAAAGAGAAAGAAGAUAAGGCUUCGUCUGCGAGAGAAUCGGAGGAAACCGUCUCACGGUCACCUCCGUCUAAAGAAACCGAGAGAAAGUCCAGUGAAACGGAAAAGGCAAUAGUUUUCUCAAACUCGGAAGCUCCUUCGAGCUUGGCUAAGCCCGAUUCUGAGCUUUCAGCUUCCACUUUAUGCAUAGGAAGCUGCGCUCUCGAAUUCUCGCGUCCAUCCGCGAGCUCCAUUCCCGUUUCCAGAGUCUCGUCAAGUUUGAACAACGUGGGGGAACACGCGACACCAGACGCGAAAAGGGAACAAGACAAAGUCGACAACAACGUGUUAGUGACUCCGACAAUUGGUACGCGAAGACUUACGGUGCCGGUGAUAGACUCGGACAGAAUCUUUUCCGCACUCAAACGCGAUCGUUUGCUCAUACAGGAGCCAUCCACGAGCUUACACUUCUCCUCGUCGCUCGAGGAUCGUCCGGCGCGCACUGACGCGAUCUCGAUCGCGACGAGCCAGUCGAGACACUCUCGAUUGUCGCCUAACUUCCUCGAGGUUCCUCCGAAGACUUCAGAAUUCCACGGCCGUUGCUCUCCUUGCGACUCGGGCAAGACUCUGACGGUCUCGGGGAAUGCGACCGUCGACGAGGAAGUCUCGAACGCUGCAUCGCGAGAUUCAACGACAGCCGUCGUCCAAGAUUUUUCCAACGAAAGUUCCAGCAAAGACGGCGCUCGCAGACUAACGUUGCCUAUGACGAGCGCCGAUUUCAGCCGGUCCACGCGCCAGGAGGAGCCAGCGAAGAAGUUACCGACCUUCGAGGAUAUCGUGGCCGGCACUAGCGUGAACCCGAUACGGAAGUUCAGCAUCGCGAGCGCGGCGAUCUGCUCGAGCCUGGCGCCGAGUCUGCUCGGCGCUAUUCCGGGAGUGCCGAGCAGCCUGCUGCCGAACGGAAACGGCCGGGAGAGCGAUCUCAUCCGCAGCGCGACCUUCUCGAACCUAUCGACCAGCUCCACGAUCGCCAGCGACGACACCACCAGCGGCAGGACCGGGCGUAGACUGCGACAGCUUCUGCAUCUUCACAUACCCGAGCAGCUGUCCGGCGCGACCUGGCGCGGCCAUGAGGACUGUCAUCAUCUCCAUCAUCAUCAUCAGCAACAGCAGCACGAUCAUCAUCAUCAUCACCAUCACCAUGUAUUCCCGCACAUUCACGUACCCACCAUCACAUUCACGGCGCCGGCCACUGACGGCACCGGGCGCAAGUUCAACUUCGCCAUACGAAGGCACUCGCAGGCGACAUUGCAUCGGACUGACUCCAUGGUAUCGCUGUCUUACCGAUCGCUCGCGAGCUACAUCACAGAUGACAAUCUCGCCGAACUGCAAAAUUUCCUCGAGAACAAGCGAGUGCAGGUCGACGAUAGAGAUGAGAAUGGUAGCACUGCCCUUAUCCUUGCGGCAACCAAAGGGAAGAUACACUUCGUCCGAGCGCUCAUCAAUCAUGGAGCGGACGUCAAUGCUGAAGAUGGGGAUAACUGGACGGCGUUGCUGUGCGCAGCGAAGGAAGGUCACACGGAGAUCUGUCUCGAAUUGUUGGAGCAUGGCGCCGAUUUGGAGCAUCAUGAUAUGGGAGGGUGGACUGCACUCAUGUGGGCGACAUAUAGGGGUCGGUCGGCGACGGUGACGUUGCUGUUAGCGCGAGGAGCUGACGUCAAUGCGCACGGGAAUUUUCAUAUUUCCUCAUUAUUAUGGGCCGCUGGCAGGGGUUAUACUGAUAUAGUGAAAGAUCUCAUUGCUCACGGGGCAAAGGUCAAUGUCGGUGACAAGUAUGGCACCACAGCACUCGUGUGGGCCUCACGUAAGGGAAACGUAGACAUCGUGGAUACUUUACUCAAGGCUGGAGCUAAUGUCGACACGGCCGGCAUGUAUUCAUGGACGGCCUUGCUCGUGGCUACCCUUGGCAACCAUGUGGAAGUAGUUUUACUACUUUUGGAACACAGACCAAACGUGAAUGCUCUAGACAAGGACGGCUGCACGGCACUGGCGAUUGCCUGUCGAGAGGGUUACCACGAAAUAGCGAAUGCUUUGAUAAAUGCUGGCGCUUAUGUAAAUAUCCAAGAUCGGACUGGGGCUACAAAUCUCAUCCACGCUGUUAAAGGUGGCCAUAGAGGUGUGGUGGAGUCUUUACUGAAGAAAUAUGCCGACGUCGACGUUGCCGGAAAGGAUAAAAAAACCGCAACUUACCUAGCAGUAGAGAAAGGCCAUAUACAGAUACUCAAAUUAUUACUAAACGCUAACCCAGACCUGGAGAUUGCCACGAUAGACGGCGACACGCCUUUACUGCGGGCGGUGAGGCUGCGUAACGCCGAAAUGGUGCAAUUGCUUUUAGACAAGAAAGCCAAGGUCUCGGCUACGGACAAGAAGGGCGACACUGUACUGCAUAUUGCGAUGCGUGCCCAAUCGAAAGCGAUCGUCGAGAUGCUACUGAGGAACCCAAAGAAUAGCCAGUUAUUGUACCGUCCGAACAGACAAGGCGAAACUCCUUACAGCAUAGACUUCAAUCACCCCAAGACGAUACUUGGACAAAUAUUUGGCGCCCGCCGUUUGAACACUAAUGAAGAUAGUGAGAACAUGCUUGGUUAUGACUUGUACAGCAGUGCGUUAGCAGAUAUCCUUAGUGAACCGUCACUCUCGACUCCAAUUACUGUCGGCCUUUACGCAAAAUGGGGUUCUGGCAAGUCAUUCUUGUUAAAUAAACUCAGAGAGGAAAUGAAGAACUUCGCACAAUGUCUUGAUCCAGUGUUCCACUUUUCUUCCUUAUUGUUUCUAAUAAUAAUCCACAUAUCCUUACUGGUGACAGUCGCGAUAGGUCUUGCCUUACAGUCAUGGAUUAUCGGUAUUUUGUGUGGGAUAUGCCUGAUAAUUAUCGUUUAUUUCUUCCUGAUUCUCCUGUGGUAUGUCAAUAAGAGGUAUAAAUGGUACUGGCCGGAUAAUGUGACAAUGGCGCUCGCUGCAAAACUGAACGCCUUGAAACUACUGCUGCAAGUGAUCUUUUGCCACCCUCCGGGCGGUCAGUGUCGUCAGGAUGGCAUAGCAGUGCAGCCGAUAAAGUUUUACUUCACCGAUCAGACUCGCGUAGGCACGACCGCCGCCGGCGAGAAUGCAGUCGUGCAAAUGAUCGGCUCGCUAUAUGACAGUAUCGAGAACGACUUCGGUUCUCUACCUACCAGAUUGUACAGAGCAUUCCGGCCAAAACCUGAAAAGUCGUCCACCACUUGGAGGUGGAGACGCCUGUGUUGCUUACCCUACAUAGUAAUAUUUGAAUUCUGCUUCUGCAGCUUGUUGAUCGGCAUCUCGGUGCUCACGAUUUACCUCAUGGAUAUUUCGAAAGACCAAAUUACGAUGGACCGAGUCACUUCUCAUAUUAUCAUGAUCACGAUCGCUUUGAUCUUGGGCAUCAGUGUUGUAGCCAAUCUAUAUACAUGGAGCAGAACAAUGCAAGCACUAGUAUUUUCGCAAAGGAGACAUCUUCAACGUAACAUCUCCAAGUUGGAAACUCUGAAGAGUGAAGGUUUCACUCAGAGCUUGAAAGGUGAAGUCAAACUGAUGACGGAUAUGAUCAAGUGCUUGGAUAGCUUCAUGGCUCAACAAAGUAGACUGGUUAUAAUAGUGGAUGGCUUAGACAGCUGUGAGCAAGACAAAGUUUUAUUGGUCUUGGAUGCUAUACAGACAUUACUUAGCGAUAACGGUUCUCCCUUCGUCGUGAUAUUAGCGAUUGAUCCACACAUUAUAGUUAAAGCUGUAGAGUUAAAUAACAGAAGACUAUUCUCGGAGUCGAAUAUCGGGGGUCAUGAUUACUUGCGGACUAUUGUCCAUCUUCCGUUUUACUUGCAAAAUAGCGGCUUACGAAAGGUGAAGGUAGCGCAGCAAACUGCGCAGCAUUGCAAAAAAACUGUAUGGUCAGAAGCCGAAGAGAGUGUCAACUACACCGCUACCAGCACCAUGCAUCACUCUGUGUCUAGUCGGAGACUCAGCACGGAAUCAGCGAUCAUGAACAGCAAUGAGAAAUUGAAACCUCAAACCAGAAAAGGCAGUAGAAAAUUACGAUUGAGCGAGUCGAUCGCGAGCAGUAUAGGCAGCAAUUUAAAUCGAUUAGGCGGCGCACAAGAUCUCAAUAAGAUGCUACUUACUGACGAUUACUUCAGCGACGUAAACCCACGUAGCAUGAGAAGAUUGAUGAAUGUUGUUUAUGUUACUGGCCGGUUACUUAAAGCAUUCCAGAUUGAUUUCAAUUGGUAUCACUUGGCCAGUUGGAUCAACAUCACCGAGCAGUGGCCUUUCAGGACAUCUUGGCUUAUUCUUUAUUAUGACAUGUACGAAGACAGUCUGGAUGACAACAUGUCGUUGAAAAGCCUUUACGAUAAAGUGCGACCGCAAAUUCCGGUACUGAAAGAAGUUCAACCACUCUUAGAGAUGGAUAGGGACGAGCGUAAACUGGACGUUUUCCUCACCUUUCAUCGUGCCAGAUUGCUCGUCAGUGAUAUGAAGAUAUUCUUGCCUUUUACCAUCAAUCUAGACCCGUAUAUUAAGAAGAAGAUAAAGGAGGAACAGCAAAGCAUAGAAGAGGACGCGAAUAUAAGCUUUUACAAAACAGGUGUCGUUCGUCACGGUUACAAUACUCAGAUUGAUCAAAAGACUGCGAACAAAACCGCAAUGGGCCGAUAUCCGAGACUACCGAGACAAUCGAGCUUGCAGGGAUCCGCGCCACCAUCUUCAUUGUGGAACUUGCAGCCCAGCUUCGAGUGGCAUACACCUUGGGUGGUACCUGUUCCACCUAUGGAGCUACCGACACCUCGUCCAGCAAUAACUACGCUACCGCCCGAAAUUACGGAGGUGCAGCUUUCAACUUUAUCGGUGAACGGAGUCUGCGAAUUGAUUGAUAAAAUCGACAACAUGAAUCCGGCUCAGAUUACGGCGUACAAGCACAUUGUUAAAGAGAGUAACAUCAACGGUCGAGUUCUACUACAUUGUGAUCUACAUGAGCUGAAAAAGGUGUUUAAAAUGGCUUUCGGAGAUUGGGAAAUAUUUCGUAUGGUACUCGUCUCGCUUAGAGAAAUGGAACUCUCGUCGUUCCUAAUAUGCGACGAGACUUCAAGAAGUGUUCGAUUUACCGUAGGACCCGAACAGGCCACACGAAAGGAUCAUUCUCUGCAAGCCAAUUCAAUGCGUCCAAGUGCUCACGUGGAGAAAGAAAAAGGAACAUCGAGGACGGACGGAUCGUCACGCCGGGACCAGAACAAGCAAUCUAUUAUGGAAAAGCAGGUAACGUUAGAGGAGCAAAUGAUUUGCGGUGCUCUGCAGACCUUGAACGAGGAAGCAUGCGAGGAUGUGUUAGACGUGCCAUUGCCAGUGAUGCAAGUACCAACAGACUCACUUUCAGGAUCCGCUGCUACCUCAAUCCCGGAUACGGAGUAUGUGCUGCUCCAGGCCAGUCCGCUCUAUCACUGGGUGCCAGUGAGCGACGAACCAGGUAGCUCGGACGACAGUUCGCACGACUCCACCGUGUUCCUCCAGCGCACCAACUCGCAGCGCAGCAUCGCGUCCCAACGUAGCACAAAAUCCGCUUGCUCACACAAGCCCCUGAAGAGGACGGGCAGUAACAUCAGUACCAGACCGUCUUCGCUCUUCGUCUCUCCGCCGCCGUCGCCAAAACCUGCCUUUCGCUCCAAGUCCACCGACGAGAAGUACAUGGGCAACAACAUACCGCUAAAGACCACGUCGUCGUCGUCGUCGUCGGCGACCUGCCUGAAAAAGAAACGUUCGAUCUCUACGUCAACGUCGAACGACGAGGUAGCGAUAUCGAUACAGGUGCCCACUUCCAGCCUAGAGAAGCUGUCCAAGCUGAGGGACCGUUUGAUCGGCGGCGGUGUACAGAACUCACCGGCACACGGUGGCGAGAGCGACGACGAGUCCACGCCGUUAGUGUCGGAGCUGUCCACGCCGACACACUCUCAGUCGGAUAGUGUGUUCAGGCAUGAGAGUGCGGAGAACAGCAGUUCGCCGUCGUCUAACAGGAGUUUACCGCGGGACGGCGAACGCUGCUGCGUAGAGUUGGAUUAUUCGGACACCGUGAGCCUGGUGAUAUGGGAAUCCUCCGGCGAUGCGCGACCGCAGUCCCGGCAAGAACCGGCUGACAACCAUUGGAACAAUACGGAAACGCCUGUCUGAUACUCGAUUCUAUCGUGUGCAGAAAGCGCGACGUUGCAUCCUUUUGUGAAGGACGGAAAUCCAUAGAAGAGAAAAAGGAGCAGGAAGAAAUAGAAGAUGAAGAUGAUGAAGAAAAAGAAGACAAAGAUGAAGAAAGGGAAGAAGGAAAAGGGCAAAAAGGAGGAGGAAGUAGAUCACGUCAGACACACUAAUACGCAAUAACUCGCGAUGCACAAUACGUUGUAGGACGUCGUAUAAAAGUCUGGAAGUUUGACUUGAGCGAUCUGCUGUUACGGGAAGGCCUACAUGUGUGUGUACAUUUCGAUGAUAUACCACGAUAAGGUAUCAGUUCUUCGUGCAAAUAGUGAACAGACUAACGUGGGGCGUUUAUUUCUAGAUAGAGCGUUAAUUAAACGUGUUCAUCCGCUUAGAGAAUUGACACAGGCCUCACACGACGAGGAGAAUAAACAAAAUGCCUUUUUACGCGAGUCGCGUUGUGCAAUAGUCUCGAAUUAGCCAAACGAGAUGUACGAAGUGACAUUCCGUGUAAAUAGUGAUGCAUUUACGGGUGCGAACGUCUGUCAAUAUUUUCUUCUUUUUACUAACAAACGUGACGAAACGUGCUAGAAUAUAUAGUAACGUGAAGGGAUCCCUCUCUGGUGUACAUAUAGUAUGUAUGCCAGGAUAUCCUGAACCUAGUAAUCGAUUUUACGUCAAUUCAUAAUGCCAGUGCAAAUAGGUGAUUUAAAAAGAAAAUGACAAGCAAAUGCUGAGUAUUUUAAAGAAAAUAUUCGAACGACCAGUAUAUAAAUUACACGACUGUUGAUUAGAUUGAUACAUGUAGCAUAAUCUAGAAAGAGAGAGAGAAAGAGAGAGAGAGAAAGAAGAAAUUCCAUCUACUAACAUAAUUCUAUGAAAUAAAAAUAUCUAGAAUGUCAUAAAUCCGAACGGCCAGUUAGUCAUUUAUAUUGCUCCGUGUCUAUUUCCAACAUUUUUUAUCGAGAAUUUUGUUAGGAAUGUGGCGUUUGCAGCAGGAGCAUUUAAUUGAAGAGGAUUUAUUCGUUUUUAGUAUCUUUCUAUUAAUCAGUGAUUCACAUUUUUCUCUUCACUGGGAAUCAUAACGAAUCAUAUUGAUCGUAUCGGGAAAAUCGCAGGGAACGUGAUCGAUUUGUAUUUUUAACAUAUCGUACAUUGAUUUUAUUAAAAUAAAAAAGCAAAAAUCGUAACGUAACAUCGAGUAUAUUGUAAACAUUUAUAGGACGGAAUACAUCAGGGUAUCGAUAUAAUUCACUACAAUAUAAAUGUAGAUAUAUUAGCUUUGAAAUUAUAUAAUAUAUGUCGUUGGUUUCUUGACAUUAAAUACAAUAAAAUAUUCGAUCAGAUACAAUACGUUGCAAUAAUGUUAAAUAUUAUCGUAAUGUAUUAGACACAAUGUGUUUAGGCUUAUUGCAAGAAUGCAACAUAAAAUCGAACCAGUUAAAGCGGCCAGCUACUUCCUCUCUACGUUGUAACGAACGUUUUACGUGAUAAUUAAGUACACUGGUGGUCCCGCUUGUGUGAUUAAAUGCAUUGCUCGCAUUAAGUACUAUGUGAAAGCGUCAUAUCACUUCGAAGCGGCGGCAGCGGCUAGGUUGUUGUUACGCGGAACACAAUGAAAUUCCGCAAUAAUACAGGCUGAAAAAGCGGGACAUCCUGUAUAACGUAACAACAACCUGGCGCGCGCUGAUAGAUCUAAAUCUCUAAAUCGUAUCAAAAUUAUGGCAUACUGAAAGGAUAUACGACUCAGAAACGGAGGAACGAAUUAUAUAUAUAAAAAAAUAUAGACUUUUAUUCGAAAAUUCGUUUGCAGUUUCGUAUAAACGCCAAUUUAGUAGUCGCUCUUUAGAUUGCUAUAGUAGUAGUAUAAAUGGAGCACGAAGUGUGCCCCGCCCUAAGACUGACGACGACUUAUACAUGUUGUAAUCCUCUAUUUGUUCCUCGAUUAUUGUCGCAAGAAUUAUGGUACAUAAGUACAUUGACGAUAAAGAGACAUUAUCUAUGAACAAAUCUUAAAAAGAGAGUAGUAGGUAGGUAUAAUCAUCGUCGUGUUGUCCAAUACUGAUUCCUCGUCAGUAGUCACACCCAAUGAUCCGUAAUGAAUCUACAAUUCCUCGCCGAUAAAAGUGUUCUCAAAAAUUAUGACCAGGUCUACUUACAUAACAAUUAUUUAUAUGUAACUCGUGAUACAAGCGAUAUAAUAUAUAUUUUACCGUAACGCGCGGAAUGUAAUACUUAUAUCUUUAAUCAGUCACAGCGAACACAUUUUCCCUUCUUCUUUGUCUGAUAUAUUCGCGUAAACACGUGUAUUUGUCUAUCUCAUGUCAAAUUUCAAGGCACAAUGGCUAAGCAGCACAAAAGUGCUAGCUCAUGAGGGCUGAUAUAUAAAUGCAUUGACUCAAAUUCAUUGUUGUUCAUUGUCGAGACAUGAGCAAUAUAGUUGCCUCACGGUUAAAAACGCAGGUCCGCUCGUCUUAGCUGUACUCCACCGCACUUUUUUUUCUAAGAAACAAAUUGAACGUACACUAAGAUUCAUUAAUGCCUUUACACUUCCGAUAUUUGGAGAAUUGGACUUUUUUGACCUGGCACAUCGUUUCUCAGUAAGUAUGAACAGUUAGUUGUUGGUUCUUUCAGUAACUAACAAUCACGAUUCACGUUUGCUGAGAAAAGAUGCGCCAGAUCGAAAAAGUCCAAUUCUCCAGAUACCGGAAGUGUAAAGGCAUUUAUCCUAGUGUACGUCUAUCUUUUCCAGAAUCCUAGUGUACGUCUAUCUUUUCCAGAAUCCUAGUGUACGUCUAUCUUUUCCAAAAAAAAAGACGGGAGUGAAAAACGGAGAGCCCAGCUAAAAUGAAGAGACUGCGGCGUGUGCACUCAUAAUACAUAUUGGCAGGUUGUAAGGACACUUGUUUUUAUCGACACGUUAGCUUAAGGCAAAUGCAUCGUACAAUUAAGGAAUGCGGUGCUACAAAUAGACUAAACUUAUUUAUAAUCUGGAACGCGAGUUGCAUCGCGUGAGUCCUUAGGCAUAAAAAGUAGAGAAAAGAACGAACGAUCGCGUUAUUAUUAACUAACGCGAGAAUUUACAAUGAUAAUGUGUAUUAGUUGAAAGCGAUGCUUCACCCCUGCUUUUACACUUGAGUACAAUUUGGAAGCCUUUCGUAAAAAAAAAUAUUUUUCCAAACGAGUACUUGUGUAUGUAUUUAGUUCAAGCUGUCAUGUACCGACGUUACGCACUAUAUAAGCGCGUCAAAGUAGAAAAGACACAGGCAGUCUCUGAGGAAGACCGGAAUAAUUACACACGUCAGCGCUAUCUUGUAGCGCGUUGUGUCGCACGUGAGUGUAUGCGUGUAUGUACAUACGUACGUGUGGUAUGUAUCCGAUGUAUUACGUGUCCUUUGUAUUCAAUAAAUAUUUUAUAAUUGUGUGGUAA